CAUGCUGUACCACCCCCACCACGGCUUUGAUAAUAACCAGUUUUACAAUCACUUGUUAAUAACACAACACCAAGGUGUGCAGUGUGCAGUACAUGUACAUGUACUACUAUUAAUAGCUAGUAGGAUUGAUUCCUCAACUCGCUCUAGACUACUACUAGCUAGUAGUAAUUAACACGUGUUAAAAUGCACCCGAAAACACUCAUCGUCUGCGAUGUCCAGCCCGAAGUGGUAAAGAAACUACCACAGCCACGUCUGUUUUGCGAUGUGGUUAACCUCGCUGUUGCCGCCGCCAGACAGCACGGACAAACUCGCAUCCUCUAUACCCAACUGAAGUUUGACUCUUAUGACACCAUCCCACCGACCCAUCCUCGCCUAGGAGUCUUGCGCAAGUUGCCAGCAACAGUGAAAUGGUUCACUUCUUCUGAUCUUUGUAUUGCUGGCACGGAUAAUAAUAAACACCAGGAGGAAUUGAUUUUACCGCGAACUACGUUUUUGCCACAGGCAGACACACCAUGGACGGAUGCCUUUAAUGAUGUGUCUACGAAAGACCACCAAGUGACAGUCGUGGGAUAUGGCCCUACUGUACAAACGGUUUGUCAUUUGUUAGGAGAUAUUCUCGCCUUACCAAAUGUGGAUAUUAUCAGGGAGUGCGUAGCUGAUGAAACUCCAGCGAGAUGUCAGGCCUUCUUGAAUCAUGGCUUGCUUUUUCGGGAGACUGUUAUUACUAUGACGGAUUAUUUGGAAUCCUUGGAUCUGCUGCACGAACGUAUUGAAACAUCCAUGGACCUGCCACCGUCGGCUCCACCACCCAAUCAGUACGUUUGCGAUGUCGGCCGUGGUGGUCAUUUAAGUCUAUUCAUGCCUUAUAUUACCAACAAAUAUGGAUAUUGCCAAUGGCCCACGCAACCCUGGUACCAAGAAGGAGGUUUAUCAUUAAUUAAACAAUAUUAUUGUCCUCUCGGAAGAUGGGUCAUCCCGCUUUGCGACGAGCCGCAAUUUGGAAGCGGUCCUCGCUUCUUCUUGAUGGGUCGACAAUUCUUGGAUGAGAAGGAUUUGCUCUUCGACCUUGUUCCUGAGCUAAUGCCUCCGACGUUCCAUAGAUUGGAAGAAGCCAAAGAAUACCUUGCCGCACAAGGAAAAGAACUGUUGUGGUUUCUGAAGAAGGUUAACCAAAAUGGAGGUCGAGCCGUCGACGUGCUCAAGACUCUGCCAACCCAACCACUGGCCAAAGACGACCAACUGCAAGCCCAUAUCCCACGUCCCCUGCUAUGGGAAGGGGGAUUGAAGUGUCACGUGAAAACCUACUACUACUUAUCAGCCUGUCAGUUGCCAAAUUCGAACGACGUCGAAUGGCAAUUGUACCUGCAUGAUUUAUUUUACUUGGCUGUGGCGUCCAAGCCUUGGAGCACUGAAGAUCUUUCCGACGAAUGCCAAAUUACCACAAUGCGAUUGCAGCGACUUCCGGCGGAUCAUCCCUGGCGAAUUCAAUGGAAGCUGUCGGAGCUUUGUCCAAAGCAUUUGGAGACUAUCAUGACACGGGCAAUCCAACAAAGCAAACUGCAAGUUCCCGUUGUGAAUGAAGAAAACUCCGUUUCCGAAACUAGGACCUUUCGAACACUGCAAUUCGAAAUCAAUUCGGCCGAUUGGAUGCUGGACGAAGACGGCCGAAUCUACCUGAUUGAAUGCAACGGUAUUCCGGUGUUGUACGAUGGGGGGCAGUCGCAGCCCCUGUGUACUCGAGGAUUGCAACUCUAUGACUCUCUGUACAAGAAGGAUCCACAGACUGCAGUAGUCAAUGAUCAUGACCUCUUAGAGGACUCUGUGGAUCUUGCCAUGACAGGGAAGGUUCCUGCGACGAGUCUUUGGAAAUUAGUUGCAGCCAUCCCAGCAGUGAAAACGACUUGAGAUGACAUUACAUGUAUUUGCAUGGAAUUGAACAAGAAGAGAAUUCCUUCUGACCAAGUUAUUAUGGCCUCAUCAUUGUCUUCCGAAAAAUUAAGUAGUAGAGAAUCUCUUUGACGCC